AUGUGCCACUUACCUGCUGUAUGUGAAGAAAAGGACAUUCCGUACUGCUACACACCUAGCCGCAAAGACAUUGGUGCAGCCAUGGGCACCAUGAGAGGCUGCGUUAUGGUGCUCGUUAAAGAACACGAUGACUACAAAGACUUGUACGAUGAAGUACGAAGUGAAAUCAAAUUGCUCGGACACCCAAUUUAG